CUCUCUUUUGUCUUUGUUUGUAUUUCCUUUCCCUUCUUCGUUCGAAAUGCUUCGUUUUUCCGAGAAAAUAUUUUCUGGGUUUUGUUCGGGGGGGUUGAAAUGGAAGAGACGAACGAGGAGGAUUGGUGGGGAAAUCUUGUUUUGCGGCUGUUAACGGUGGGGUAUGAUACGACGUGAGAGAGAGAGAGAGAGAGAGAGAGAGAGAGAGAGAGAGAGAGAGAGAGAGAAUUUUUCAGAUUCAGAUUUGGAGUUACGCGUUAGACGCAAAAGGUGAAGUGCCGCUCUUGAUAGAUCUUGGGUCUCUUCUCUUUGAUGAGGUUCUCUCCCCACGAGGAAUUGGGCAAAUGACAUGUCGUCAUCGAACUCUCCGUGCGCCGCGUGCAAGUGCCUCCGCAGGAAGUGCACCCAGGAGUGUGUCUUCGCCCCCUACUUCCCCGCCGACCAGCCGCAGAAGUUCGCCUACGUCCACAAAGUGUUCGGCGCGAGCAACGUGACUAAGCUCCUCAACGAGCUGAACGUCUCACAGCGCGAGGACGCCGUCAACUCCCUCGCCUACGAGGCGGAGACCCGCCUGCGGGACCCAGUCUACGGCUGCGUUGGCCUCAUCUCUAUCCUCCAGCACAAGCUUGACCUGCUCCAGAAGGAGCUCACCACUGCCAAGAAGGAGCUCGCCGCUUACAUGGGGCCCCACGCGAUGGUCCCCACAAUAAUGCAACCCCCCGGAGUUCCACCGUACAUGGGGAAUCCUUCGAUGUCCACAGUGGUGCCCUACAACAUGAUGCCCAUGAUGGGCAUCCCGACUGCCGCCGCUUCCGGUGGGCCACCGCUAGUCAUCAGGGACCACCAGAGCCAGCAGCAGCAGCAGCAGGCGUUCGACGUGCAGCAACUCGCAGCUGCUGUGGCAGCGAGGGAGCAGCAAGAGAUGAUUAGGGCUUAUGAGCAGCAGCAAAUUAGACAGCAGCAACAGCAACAACUUGAAAUCAAGUUCGAUGCAAGCGGCUUUGACGGUGUCGGGAACUCGGUGUCUCCGUCCAGGUACAACCCCACAAGCAAUGUAAUUCCUCCGCCGCCGGCUUCCCCGUCGCUGGCGUUGGGGACUUUUGACAAUCCAUACCAGAUUCAGGCGCACCAGCUGUCGCUGCAGCCACAACAAGGACAAGCGCAAGAUCAGCAAGAGCAUGGCCAAGAGCAGAGGUCUGGAAGUGAGGAGCGAAGCAACAACAACAACAACGGUGGUCCUUCCUGUUGAUGAACAAUUUCCUUUUUUUGGCUAAGUUCUUGUUUCUUCCCAUGCUGAGUUUCUUGAGGCGGUUUUUAUGGUUCUAGUUCAUAGAUGAGGAGAAGAAACAAGUGGAAGAUUCAAAGAUGCAGAGAAUGUUGUUCAUUGUGCCCCAAUGGAUAUAUGCAGGUUCUGAAGCUUUUUACUUCCUGGGAGAUACACAAAAAAGUGGCUAGCGAUACAGAACAAUUUCUAGGAGCAAAUAAUUUUUUGAAGUGCAAUUUCAUUGUUAGUGUAAUGAUGUUCAUGCUUCUGUCUUACAUUGAAAAAAAUUUGUAAAUUUGUAUCGUGGAAAAUGCUAGUAUUUUUCUCAUUCUUUUUCUGCUAUCGUGUCUUAAAUCGAUUAUCUUUAAGCUAAAUGUAACCGUACCGUUUUUUACUCAUGGAUAUCAUUUAGAUGGUACCUAAUUUUGCGUACCCUUAAGGACUUA